AUGAGCGACAGCAAGGACAAGACAGCGGCGCCUGCGUCAGCGGCCGCCUCGGACAGCAAGGUCAACGAGAUCGCCUCUGGAAUGUCGGGGCUCAUGUCGGGCAAGGAGGGUGCGGCCAAGCCUGCUGCGGACGAUGCCUCGGGCGCCAAGGAGGAGGCGAGCGAGUCGAAUCUGCGCGAGUCGUCGCACGAGGUUCAGGUGACGCUGGCGGACCAGCAGGCGGACCCCAACUCGCCGUUGUACUCGGCCAAGAGCUUCGAGGCGCUCGGGCUGCACGACAACUUGCUCAAGGGCAUCUACGCGAUGAAGUAUCAGAAGCCAAGCAAGAUCCAAGAAAAGGCGUUGCCGCUGCUGCUGCAGAAUCCGGCGAAGAACAUGAUCGGCCAGUCGCAAUCCGGCACGGGCAAGACGGCCGCCUUCAUCCUCACCAUGCUCUCGCGCAUCGACUAUGCGCUCAAGAAGCCGCAGGCGAUCGUGCUGGCGCCGUCGCGUGAGCUGGCCCGCCAGAUCAUGGACGUGGUGCGCACCAUGUCCAAGUUCACCGAUGUGACCACGUGUCUCUGCCUGCCGGACGAGGUGAAGCGCGGCGAGAAGAUCGAUGCGCAGCUCAUCGUGGGCACGCCCGGCAAGACGUUCGACAUGAUCAAGAGCAAGGGCAUCGAGACGGCGGCGAUCAAGGUGUUUGUGCUGGACGAGGCGGACAACAUGCUGGAUCAGCAGUCGCUCGGCGAGCAGUCGAUCCGCGUCAAGAACACGAUGCCCAAGACGUGUCAGCUGGUGCUCUUCUCGGCCACGUUCCCGCCCACGGUGUACGACUUUGCGGUGCGCAUCGCUCCGGGAGCCAACGAGAUCCGACUCAAGCAGGAGGAGCUGUCGGUGGAGGGCAUCAAGCAGUUCUACAUGGACUGCCGCGACGAGAACCACAAGUACGAGGUGCUGGUGGAGCUGUACAACCUGCUGACGAUUGGGCAGAGCAUCAUCUUCUGCGCCAAGCGCGAGACGGCCGACCGGAUCGCGCAAAAGAUGACCGCCGAGGGACACAAGGUGGACUCGCUGCACGGCAAGCUCGACACGCAGGAGCGCGACCGCACCAUCGACGCCUUCCGCGACGGCAAGAGCAAGGUGCUCAUCUCGACCAACGUGAUCGCGCGUGGUAUCGACAUCCAGCAGGUGACGCUGGUGAUCAACUACGACAUGCCGCUCACCCAGACGGGCGAGGCCGACGCCGAAACCUACCUCCACCGUAUCGGCCGCACGGGUCGAUUCGGCCGCAAGGGUGUUUCGAUCAACUUUGUGCACGACCAGCAGAGCUGGACCUACAUGGACCAGAUCGAAAAGGCGCUCCAGUGCCAGAUCACGCGUGUGGCCACCAACGAUCUCGAGGAGAUGGAGUACACGAUCAAGGAGGCGCUCAAGCAGAUCGCCAAGUGA